AUGGAACCUGCGGACAGAAGCAUUCUCAGAGCCACUCCUGCAUGGAAAGUGUUUGAAUCUUUCGGUGCUGCCUUCAGGUGGACCGACGACAAUCUUUACGAGUGGAGCUUUCCUGUUGAUUCCAUUCAAGUCUUCUGGAGCCAUAGCUGGCAUGGCGACAAAUACAUGAAGAUCCUGCUGUUGCUUUUACUGUACAACGGGCCUGCGGCAGCAAUCGCUGCCACGAUCUCGGCUUUGCUGAUGAUGUGUUUGCAGAUUGCCGGGUUCCUACCGGGCGUGCGGCGAGUCGGCAGAUCAGCACUUGACCAAGGAGUAGCCAUGGAGUUUGGUCCAUGGUGUACGGUGACGGCAGGGCUUGUCUUCCUGGUCGUUCUUCUGCUCGGGAAGCCGAGGAGUUUGGUCUUCUUGGACCAGGUAUGUAUCAACCAGAAAGAUGCAGAGCAAAAGGCCAAGGGGAUUAUGAGCAUCGGUGCCUUUCUGAAGUACUCCGAGCAACUUCUGGUUGUUUGGGACAAGACGUAUGGAAGGCGCUUAUGGUGCUUGCUGGAGCUGGCAGGAUUCCUGACAAGUCAUGAAGAGCCAGAAAGGAAAGUUACCAUCAGAGCCACAGCCAUGGCUCCCUGCAUUUUGGGCUUUGGCUUUGCCAUCUGGGCUUCAACGAUACAUCACAUGUUGGUGAGCGAGCAAACUCUGGCGGACCGUCUCGUACUCUUUCUGACGCGAUGGUUCUUCUUCUACAUCGCCGCAUUCUAUCUGUGUGAGCAUUAUCGGAACACGGAGAGUAUGCUCAAAGAGCUUUCCGACUUUACCGUCCAAGGUGCCCGCUGUCAUUGCUGCAACGAUGGAGAGCCGUGUAAUGCCAAUGUUUGCGAUCGUGCGAUCAUGAGCAGAUGCCUUCGAAUGUGGUACGGAUCUGUCGACGCCUUCGAGGCGACUGUAAGGACGCGCGUCAGGACCAUGCUCUGCCGCCAGCUGGGUGGAUUAGUAUUUCCGUAUGGCUGGCAAGUUAUUGUUGCCUCGCCUAUCCUCUGGGGCUUUGCAGAUAGCAUGGCGGCGCGCGGGCGUGUCGAAAACUGGAAGGUAGCCGCAAUCCUGUUUUCCCGCGGUCUGACCUGGUGUUUUUUUCUGUUUCCGUUGAUCCUUCAAGCGACAUUGCUUCCUGUCAAGUGUUUGCGCCAUGUGCAGGGCUGUGCUUGGCAGAACAGGCUGACAAGCAUUGUGGUGGCAUUUCUGCUCAGCGCCUUGUUCACUGUUGGCUUGUGGACAACGAGUCUUAUAGCCGAUGAUGUUGGCUCAGUUCUCUGGAUUUGUGGUUCAGUGACACUUGCUGGGACAUCAUUGUGGGCUCUCCGAUGUCAGGCCCGGCACACGGCACGGAUGUUGGAUUCAAUCCAAAAGGAUGAGGGGAAUCACGGUGCGGCCGUUGUGGUUGGGAAGCCGAUGGGUACCAUCGUGU